AUGAAUAUAGUUGCUCUAUUAGGCGUGGUGCUACUUGCCACGGUAUCGUUGGCUGAGAAGAAGAAUCAAAGGUGUACUGUUUCUGUGACCACUGCCAGUGGCACUAGGGCUCGAGCGGGGCCAUACUGUACGGGAGAGUUGAUUUUUGAGGACAACUUUAACACUCUCGACUUCGAAACGUGGGAACAUGAGAAUACCCUCAGCGGUGGUGGAAACUGGGAGUUUCAAUGGUAUCUGAAUCAUCGAUCGAACUCUUACUGUGAAAAUGGUAUCUUCUACAUUCGUCCCACUCUGCUUUCGGACGACACUGGAGAGGCGUUCCUGAGCAGCGGCACGUUGAACAUCCACGGUGGCCAACCGGCCGAUCAGUGCACGAAUCCUCAAAAUUGGGGCUGCGAACGCACCGGUUCCCCAACGAACAUCAUCAAUCCGAUCAAGAGUGCUCGCGUUAGGACGGUCGACUCGUUCAAUUUCAAGUACGGAACGAUGGAAGUCCGUGCCCGCAUGCCAACCGGCGACUGGCUGUGGCCUGCCGUGUGGUUGCUUCCCAAACGACAGGUCUACGGAACGUGGCCCGCUUCGGGAGAGAUCGAUCUGCUGGAGUCACGUGGUAAUUUGGAGUACGUUUCGAACGGAGUCAAUAUCGGUGCGGAACAGUUCGGCUCCACGCUACACUUUGGACCAUCUCCGACCCUCAACGGGUGGGAAACGACCGUGGCAUACAGAAACACUCCCGCUGGGCAGGGCUGGAACACGGGAUUCCACAACUACCAGAUGACCUGGACACCGGACUACAUUCGAUUCUCGGUCGACAACCAGCUGGUGCGUCAAAUCGACGCCGGAACGGGCUUCUGGAACCGUGGAAACUUCGGUAACAUCUCUCCCGGCACGGAAAACCCCUGGAUUCACGGUACGCGCAUGGCACCGUUCGAUCAGGAGUUCUACAUUAUCAUGAAUCUAGCCGUCGGUGGCACGAACGGAUACUUCCCGGAUGUCCCUCCGGCAAGCAACGGCCCGCGGGGAAAACCAUGGACGAAUAACUCACCGACGGCAGCCCGAGAUUUCUGGAACGCACGCAACUCCUGGCUUCCGAUCUGGCGAAUGACCGAAAAUCGGGGCAAGCAAUCUUCACUGCAGAUCGAUUACGUUCGCGUCUGGUGGAGUGACAAAAUGGGAUUCUUCGAUCGUAGAACGAUCCCGCUGUUGCUGAUCAUAGUGGGACUGUCGGCGGCCCUGAUUGCCGUGUGCAUCGAUGCGUACGCCGGGGACGACGAUGAGCCAAGGCCGGCGGUUCCGGACGAUGAGCGGCCGUUGGAUUGUGAGCGUGCGUCGGUUACGACGGCCAGUGGGAAGCUGGUGAAGCGAAGUGCAUACUGUCCCGGUGAGCUGAUCUUCGAGGACAAUUUCGAUCGGUUGGAUCUGGAGAAAUGGGAACACGAGCAUACGCUCGGUGGUGGCGGUAACUGGGAGUUUCAAUAUUACCUCAACAGUCGGCGGAAUUCGUUUGUCAAGGAAGGAAUCUUCCACAUUCGCCCAACGCUGCUCGCUGAUGAAACUGGCGAAGGAUUUCUUUCAAGUGGCUUGUUGAAAAUUCACGGCGGAACCCCUUACGAUUACUGCACCAAUCCAGCUGACUUUGGCUGCGAACGUCAGGGAAAUCCGGAGAACUACAUCAACCCCAUCAAGAGUGCCCGCGUGCGAACGGUCAAUUCGUUCAACUUCAAGUAUGGCAAGGUGGAGAUCCGCGCAAAACUCCCCACAGGUGACUGGCUGUGGCCGGCACUGUGGCUUAUGCCGAAGCUCAAUCAGUACGGCACAUGGCCCGCUUCGGGAGAGAUCGAUCUGAUGGAAAGUCGCGGCAAUCUGGACUACAGCAUCAACGGGGACAAGCUCGGUGUGGAGCACACCGGUUCGACGCUUCACUUCGGUCCCUACGCGGGCCUGAAUGGGUACGAAAUGGCUACCGCGUCGAAGGUAACACCGCCCGGGCAGGGCUACAAUAAGGAUUUCCAUCGGUACCAGCUGGAGUGGACACCGGAGUUCCUGAAGUUCAGCGUGGACGAUGAGCAGGUGCUCAUGGUGAACGGUAACUUCUGGGAGCUAGGUCAGUUCCAGCAGCGCGACCCGAAUGCAUCGAAUCCGUGGGUUUCCGGCGGAAAGAUGGCACCGUUCGAUCAGGAGUUUUACAUCCUCAUGAAUCUGGCCGUCGGUGGUACGAACGGUUACUUCCCCGAUACCCCGCCGGCCGUGAAUGCGAACGGUAACAAACCGUGGAUCAAUAACUCGCCGACGGCAGCGCGUGAUUUCUGGAACGCACGCUCCAACUGGUUGCCGACGUGGAAGCUGGAGGAGAACGAAAGCGUCGAGGCGUCCCUACUGGUUGACUAUGUGCGUGUUUGGGCGUUGUAG